UCAAUGUAAACGUUAUUUUCACGUGAUGCUUUCGCAGAAGGGAGAAGCAGCAGUGGAGCAAGAGGAUUCUGUGGAUAAUCUGGCUACAUCAACAGUAGCAACAAGUGAAGGGAUUGAUUUCGACUACACCCCUAGCGGGCAAACUAAGGAAGAAGAAUGGCCGUUGUUGUGGAGGUUAUUAAAGGUGAAAACAGACGUCAAGGAAAUGGAUAUGCCAGUUAUGGAAAUGAUUAGUGCAAAGAAGCUGCAGAAGAUCUUGUCAUUGUGUAUACGGCCAACAUCAGCCAACGUGCAGCAAUGCGAUAUUGAGCAUCUGAACUGGCUGCUACACAGAGAAUCGAUUGUUGUGGCAAACGAAAUGCAACCCGAGUUUUGUUCUGUCAUUUCGAAGGAGUCGAAACAGCUUCUACGAUACUGUGUAAAUUAUAAUCUGAGCAAAAAUGCAGAGGCGUCGAUGCGGCAGUUGGUUUCCGGAUGGCUUUCUUUUGUGAAUGUUUUUGCCAUAUUUGCUCCUGUACCUCUGGUUCCACACGUCGUGCAGUAUCAGUACAUCUCAGACGCAGUGUACCUGCUGCUGAGUUAUGCCUCGGGUAUUGUGAUGGAUAUGAAGCUGAGUGCAGCGGUUUCACAGUGCCUGCUC